AUGGAAGGCACUCGUGGUCACGAUGUAAGUCUACUCCUAGAGAAGGGUUGGAAAAGAUUCAGCAUCGCAGCCGAACAUUCACCUUACAUCCUCAUCAUCAAGCGGUGGAUGGCAUUGACCAAAAAGUCGCCAUCAUUCGUAGACCGGACUCAAACCACGGGAGUCGAUCCCGUCUCAACUUCUCAUGGUGGUCGAGCACAGAGCGUCGGCAUGCUCGUCAAGACCCUACAGGAGAUCACCGCCUGCGAUUCACGCCCAACUCUGCGCGUCACUAGGGAUGUUCAUACUCCGGCACACUUUUCGAUCUUCCUGGCCAAGCCAACCCAAUGCUUUAUGACGUGCUUCUGUGGUCAAAAAGCUGAACCCUCCCCAGUCUGUAACUAUUUUUUAAAGGUGCUCGAUUCGAACAAUUGUCACGCUACGAUACCUAUCAUGGAGAGUAAGAUGGCCAAAGCCUAA